ACAUCAGAGUGUCAACAUGCAAGAUGGCGGCGCAUCAUCGGCAGAACACGGCGGGGCGGCGGAAAGUGCAGGUCUCCUAUGUGAUUAGAGAUGAAGUGGAGAAGUACAACCGAAAUGGAGUAAAUGCACUUCAGCUGGAUCCAGCGCUAAAUAGACUCUUCACAGCAGGCCGAGACUCUAUUAUAAGGAUAUGGAGUGUCAGUCAGCACAAGCAAGACCCUUAUAUAGCAUCUAUGGAACAUCACACGGAUUGGGUAAAUGAUAUUGUGCUCUGCUGCAAUGGUAAAACAUUGAUAUCUGCCUCUUCAGAUACUACUGUGAAAGUGUGGAAUGCACAUAAGGGAUUUUGCAUGUCAACACUAAGGACACAUAAGGAUUAUGUGAAAGCUUUAGCGUAUGCAAAAGAUAAAGAACUGGUAGCAUCUGCUGGGCUGGACAGACAGAUAUUCCUCUGGGAUGUAAAUACUCUGACAGCACUGACUGCCUCAAAUAACACCGUAACAACUUCUUCCCUGAGUGGGAACAAAGACUCAAUCUACAGCCUUGCAAUGAAUCAAAUGGGAACAGUUAUUGUGUCGGGGUCCACUGAAAAGGUUCUAAGAGUGUGGGAUCCAAGAACUUGUGCAAAACUAAUGAAACUCAAAGGGCACACGGACAAUGUGAAAGCUUUGUUGUUGAACAGAGAUGGCACCCAGUGUCUUUCAGGCAGUUCUGAUGGGACUAUCCGCCUGUGGUCCCUUGGGCAGCAGAGAUGUAUAGCCACAUAUCGAGUCCAUGAUGAAGGUGUUUGGGCUCUGCAGGUCAAUGAAGCCUUCACUCAUGUUUAUUCAGGAGGAAGAGACAGGAAGAUUUAUUGUACAGAUUUACGAAAUCCCGAUAUCCGUGUGCUUAUCUGUGAAGAAAAGGCACCAGUUCUUAAGAUGGAACUUGAUAGAUCAGCUGAUCCCCCUCCAGCACUUUGGGUUGCAACAACUAAAUCCUCUGUGAAUAAAUGGACUUUGAAGGGAAUUCAUAAUUUUAGAGCCUCUGGAGAUUAUGAUAAUGAUUGUACCAAUCCUAUACCACCCCUGUGUACACAGCCUGACCAAGUUAUCAAAGGGGGUGCCAGUAUUAUUCAGUGCCACAUUCUUAAUGACAAGAGACACAUAUUAACCAAAGACACAAAUAAUAAUGUGGCAUACUGGGAUGUCUUGAAGGCAUGUAAAGUUGAAGACCUUGGGAAAGUAGAUUUUGAAGAAGAAAUUAAGAAGAGAUUUAAAAUGGUGUAUGUGCCAAACUGGUUCUCAGUAGACUUAAAAACUGGGAUGCUGACAAUUACUUUGGAUGAAAGUGACUGCUUUGCAGCCUGGGUUUCAGCAAAGGAUGCUGGAUUCAGCAGUCCAGAUGGUUCUGAUCCAAAAUUAAAUCUUGGAGGGCUUCUGCUACAAGCACUUCUGGAGUAUUGGCCUAGAACACAUAUCAAUCCAAUGGAUGAAGAAGAAAAUGAAAUAAAUCAUGCGGUGAAUGGUGAGCAGGAGAACAGAGUCCAGAAAGGAAAUGGAUACUUUCAAGUGCCACCACAUACACCAGUUAUUUUUGGUGAGGCUGGAGGACGCACUUUGUUCAGGUUAUUAUGUCGGGAUUCAGGUGGUGAAACUGAAUCUAUGCUUCUUAAUGAAACUGUGCCACAAUGGGUAAUUGACAUCACUGUGGAUAAAAACAUGCCCAAAUUCAAUAAGAUUCCCUUCUACCUCCAACCUCAUUCAUCAUCAGGGGCAAAAACUCUAAAAAAAGACCGACUGUCAGCGAGUGAUAUGCUUCAGGUGAGAAAAGUGAUGGAACACGUGUAUGAGAAAAUCAUAAACUUGGAUAAUGAGUCUCAGACAACUAGCUCUUCCAAUAAUGAAAAAGCAGGAGAACAAGAAAAAGAGGAGGACAUUGCUGUGUUGGCAGAGGAGAAGAUUGAACUUCUGUGCCAGGACCAGGUUUUGGAUCCAAAUAUGGACCUUCGAACUGUAAAGCACUUCAUUUGGAAGAGUGGGGGUGACCUGACGCUUCAUUAUCGCCAGAAAUCAACGUGAAGGGAGCAGUUGGAUCCAAAUGGUUGCUUGACUGUACUGUACUUGUUCCAAGAGUUAGUACUAGAGAAGCCCACUGAACCCCUAAGGUAGAUGAGACUUCUAAUGACUCAGUAUGGAUGGAAAGUAUACAUUUAAUUGAAGUGACUAAUAGAUCUGUAAUAUAGAGGAAAAACAAAUCUAUAUGACUUUAGUUUAAAUCUGUCCUAGUCUCAGCCAAUGAGAUGGGAAGUUCCCGAGCAGUUCGUGUUGUGUGAGGUGUACAGAGAAUGGGAUGAUAACGAUAACCCAGUGCAGACUUUUGCUUCCUCCUUUUUGUUUUUUUUUUCCAGAACAUAAUAUCUUCAUCUGCUCAUGCUUGAUAUGAAACCCGUUUUGGCCAUAUUAGUCGCUGUGUUCACAGUGUAAUUCAGAAAUGCACACAAGGUAUUUUGUAGUACAUUCCAUUCAUGAAGUUCCUGCAAGAGUUUCUCACAGGUUAUUCAAACAUUUCUUCCUCUUAAAGAAAUUUGGAAAAGAAAAACCACAGAAAAUAGGUAUUUCAUAGCAAAUAGUUAACGAUAUAAUUGCUUUAAUACUGCAGCAGGAUUGUUGCUUUAGAGAGGUGUUCACAUGGAGAACACUAGAUAAAUCUUGUAGCAGGGUGAUGCUGUGCAUCAUAAUAGAGUGAACAUGCUUCCAGCAACCUAAAGAGAUUUAAGUAAAAAAAAAUGCAACUACUUCCUGCCCCGUGUCCUAGAUGUUCUAAAGACACACUAGCUUGAUUUUUUGGUAACUGCUCCAAAACUACGUGAUACUGUGUUAAAACUUCAGACCGUUCUAAACGGAACUUCCUAUGUUUGAUGUUAAACUUUGGAAACUUCUCAGCAGGUUUCAUAUUCAUGAUAUAAAAAUACUUACUCUUAUUUUCCAAAGUUUUAUAUGAAGUUGUUCUUUUGUUAGAGAUUUAUGCAGAUCUUCUUUUCACUGUUAUUUCUAAAAAUCUGUGACUGUCAUAGACUCAGAGUAGUCUUUUAUAGAGUUUAACUUAUUGGGGGGAGGGGGUAAAGGCAUUUCAGCUUUUCAUGAGAAGAGGGGGGGCUGUCCCAGAAAAAAAAUUCAUUGGCAGCCAGGACAAAUGACAAAUCCUAGUAAAGAAAUGGUGUAAAAAUGACUCUUGUCUGAGGCAGAAGCACAAGUGCCUUCCAAGGGCAGUAUAUUAUUUGAGUUUCUUCAGGAGACAUAUGCUCUCGCCCAUCUUGCUAUCAAGAUUUAGGUUGAGGCCUAAAGGACAUCCCAAUAAAUUCUUUUACUGGGAUUGUAUUGGUCAAACAAAAAGGAAAAUAUUUUUCAUCGUAUCUUAUUUGGGAAAAAUAAAUAGUCAGAACAUUGCCUUCUGCACUCUUAGCUAACAAACCCAUUGCUUCAACUAAAAUAUGGUUCAGAACAAAGCCAGCAUGUCAUUUUCCCUGUUGUUUCAGUCAGUUUCAGUUCUUAAUCCCCAUGUCUGUGUAUGCUCAUUUUGACACAGUUGUGCUGUAACUGCACAACGUUGGUGAUACUUGUGAAUUAAAUGCUUAAACAGAACUGUAACUUUUAGUGAUGAAUUGUUUUUACUUGUAUUUAUUAAUAGCAAGGGCCUACACUUGUUCCAAUAGACACUGUCUGGGUUUGGGGAUUUUAUCUGGUUGUCUUGCUGUCCCAUUGUAUACAUUGGAAUUGCUCCCAGUAAUUUGGAUUUAAAUCAGCCAGGGUUGUAAUUUUUCUUGUUUUUUCUCUAACCAUCCCGAAACACAGUUUCAGGAAAGAUUGACAGAAGAGUCUACAAUGCCAGAAGGGUAAAUGAUGUUUCACAGUUGUAUAGAAUAAAAGGCUUUAGUUAAAAUA